AUGCCAUUUCCAGAACACUUCGCUGUUAAUGUUAUAAAUCAGCUAAGUCUUCACCUAAAGGAUAUUGAUUUCCGAGAACUUUUCAACUUACCUUUAUACAGCGACGUUAUAGUUUGUUACAGAAAUCAAAAAUUCUUCCUCCAUAAAUUAAUACUAAGUGCCAGAAGCCCAUUCUUUGCUCGACUGUUGCAGACGGAAAAAGGACAGAAGUGUGCAUUUAUCAGAAUUCAUGAUACCUCCGAACUUAUUAUUUUUCAUCAAGUCCUAUUUUACAUUUAUAGUCUCAAGAUUCCGCAGUGGUACGAUGGUAAACAUCUGAGAGAUCUUUACAGGGCUGCCAAAUUAUUUGAGCUGAAAAAUCUCUCCGAGUUUUGUAUCAAGGAACUUUGGAAUCAAAAUGGAGUGCGAUUUAUUAAGCUCGCCACUAUCGCUGUAGAGCGCGACUCUGAAUUUCUGAAAAACUCUUUGUGCAAAAUAUUUAAAGGAUUUUGGCCAACUAUCAGACCAUUAAGCAACUGGCAAACAUUUGUAAGCAGAUAUCCUGAUUUUGCUUCAAAACUGUUGAAUACUGUUAGAGAAAAGAAAUGA